AUGGUUGAUGAUGAAUCCGUAGAAAUCAGGAAUGACCGCACGCACAUCAGUGUUUGCGGUUAUGGACAAUGUCAUAAUUGCAAGCAAGAAAACAUUCGAAUUAGUGACCAUAAAUGUUAUAUGCAACGGAGAACCGGUAAAGGAGGACAUUGUGUAGAAUCAUGUAUCUGUAACGAAAAAUCAACAGAAAAACAGAAAAACUGUACGUUUUCGACAAAUUAUGUAUUUUUUGACUAUGAAGCUCAGCAAAAUACCGGUACGCACAUACCAAAUAUGGUUAUUGCUCACGAUUUUGAAGGCCGAAAAUAUGUAUUUUCUACAGACGACGCUGGUUCGGCCAAUGAUAAAUUUUGUAAAUGGGCGCUGAGCAAAGUAAUGAAAGGAACAACUUACAUAGCACAUAAUUCGAAAGCGUACGACACCUAUUUCAUUAUACAGUACAUUUUAAAAAAUAUGCCAACCGUCAAGUACGAAGUAAUUCGUAACGGGACCAAAAUUAUGAUGCUCGAAAUAAAAUAUGGGGGCUUAAACAUUAAAUUCAUAGAUAGUCAUAAUUUUAUACAGUCAAAAUUAUCUGAAUUUCCGAAAACGUUUGGACUUAAAGAAGCAAAAAAAGGGUACUUUCCACAUUUUUUUAAUACGCCGGAAAAUCAAAGAUAUGUAGGACCUUUGCCGGACAAAACGCAUUACGGUUAUAAUUCUAUGACGACGAAACACCGUGCAGUAUUUAUAAAUUGGCACGACGAAUUGAUAAAUAAGAAUUAUGUAUUUGAUUUCCAAUUGGAGUUGGAAGAAUAUUGCAAUUCGGAUGUCGACAUAUUACGAAGAGGGUGUUUGGAGCUGAGAAAACAAUUUUUGGACGUGUGUAAUAUUGAUCCUUUUAAAUAUAUAACGAUCGCUAGUGUUUGUAUGGCCAUUUAUCGACAGAGCGACUUGUCCGGUGGUACUAUAGCAGUCGUUCAAAAUGUUAAAAAAGACAAUUUUUCAGACGAUUCGAUAAAGUGGCUGAAAAGCAAAAUAUUGAACGAAAAUAAAAAUAUAAAACACGCGUUAAACGGUGGAGAAGUUACUAUAUGUGGUGCUAGAGUAGACGGUUACGACGAGACAGAGAAAAAAGUAUACCAAUAUCAUGGCUGUUUCUGGCACGGUUGUCCGGAGUGUUUUAAUCCUAACGAUAUUAACCCCGUUAAUAAUAACACUAUGACUGAUUUAUACAAUGAUACGAUAAGACGGACAAUUAAUUUGAAACAAAAAGGGUACCAAGUUGAAGAGAUGUGGAGUUGUAAAUGGAAAAAGCACAAAAAUUACAAACAAAUGAUGCAGUAUCAAAAUGAUGUAAUUGAACCACUAAACCCCAGAGACGCAUUUUUCGGAGGAAGGACCAAUGCCACAAAUUUAUACCCAACAGUAAUGUACUAUGACAAUUACCCCGUAGGUCAUCCUAAACAAUUUUUUAAUCCAUCAAUAAAAAAAUACUCGGAAUCAAAUUGGUAUGGUUUCAUCAAAUGCAAAAUACUACCGCCGACCGAUUUAUAUCAUCCCGUACUUCCGGUGAAAACUAAUAAAUUAAUAUUUACACUUUGUAAACAGUGCCAGCUAGAUAAAAUUAGACAAUGUACACACAACGAUGAGCAGAAAGCACUUAUAGGAACUUGGACAACGGACGAAGUACAAAAAGCUUUAGAAAAAGGAUAUAAAAUCAUGAAAAUUUAUGAAGUGCAACAUUUUGAAAAAAAAUCCAACACAUUAUUUAAGGAGUAUAUUAAGCGAUUUUUAAAAAUUAAGUUAGAAACAAGCUCGUGGAAAAAUGACUAUCGGACGGUUAAUGAUUAUAUUUCAGCAGUAAAAAAUGCAGUAGGAAUCGAUAUGGACAUUGAAAAUAUAAAAGAAAAUCCUGGAUUAAGAGCACUUGCUAAAAUAUGUCUAAAUUCGUUUUGGGGUAAGUUUGGACAAAGGCCUAAUCAGACGAAAACCAAAAUAAUAUCAAAACCGGACAGGUGGUACCAAGUAUUGUUGGACAGUAAAUUGGAAACUGAAAACAUAGUUUUUUUGACUGACGAUUUAGUGGAAGUGUCGUAUAAAAAAAUUAAUGAAUACGUCGGGCACGAAUAUAAUACUAAUAUAUACGUAGCUGCAUUCACAACAUCGAAUGCUAGAUUAAGAUUAUAUACCAUGUUAGAUAAUCUCGGCGAGAAAGUCGUAUAUUACGAUACAGAUAGUGUGUUUUAUAUUUACGAUGAUGUCGAAGUGAAGACGGGGUGUAUGCUAGGUGAGUGGACGGAUGAAUUAGGACCAGGUAUACAUAUAACCGACUGGGUAUCUACAGGCCCUAAAAGUAUAGCGCACACAGAUAUUGAAAAUCGGACAACGACAAAAAUAAAAGGAUUUACACUUGGUUACGAAAAUAUUCAAAAAUUAAAUAUGGACAGUAUGAGAAAAAUAAUGAACGAUGAAAUAAGGGACAUAGAACUGCGAUUUCAACAAAUAACACGAAAUUCAAAAACUAAGGAAUUAGUGACAAUAAUUACAUCAAAGACGUUUAAAAUGGAAUACGAUAAACGUAUGGUUAUGUAUUCGACCGGUGACGUAAUAGAAACGUUACCAUGGGGGUACUUGUAG